GAGGUCGCAGCUUAGGGAUGCUGCCCUGCCCCCCAGCGCUCCUCCCCCGGGGCCCAAACAGAGACACGCCGUCCUGGAUUCUGGGAGCUUCCCCAUGCUUCCACGCCUGCAGCGAAGCAUGAGCGACGCAAGCGACGUCGGUGGCUUGUCGUUUGGGACACGGAGGUUCGGGAGCAUGCUGCUCGCCACACUCGCCACGAUACUGGUCCACCUGGCAAGCGGUGGGGACCCCUGCAGGCCCGGAGGACAGUCUGCCACUGGCAACAGGACCUGCCCAGCCCCCGAGGCCUAUCUCAUCUUCAGCUACGGGCAGGCCGUAUUCCGCAUCGGCGCUGAUGGGGGGACUCAAAGGAGGCUCCUGAGGGGCGCCGGGGCCGCAGUCCUGCUGGAUUUCCACUACACUGAUGGGAGGCUUUACUGGGUUGACACGGAGUUGGGGAUCAUUCAGAGGACACUGUUGAAUGGGACGCGUCGGCAGAAAGUUCACUCAGCAGGAAGGGGCGUAGCAGGAUUUGCUGUGGACUGGAUCCGGAACCAGCUGCUCUGGGCCAAUCGAGACAAGGGAUCCAUAGAAGAAAUCGGUUCAAACGGGAAAAAUCUGAGGACGGUUUUAGCAAAUCUGUCCAACCCCAGCAGUAUUGCAGUGGAUCCAACCAACAGGUUUAUAUUUUGGGUAUCAGACACCAUAACUUCAAGCAUACAGAAGUCAGGUCUGGAUGGUGAAUCGACUAUCUCCAUCUUAAAGACGUCCAGCAGACUCGGGACACUCUCCCUAGACGUGGCUGACAGGAGGCUCUUCUGGGUUCAGUCCAGUUUAGGUGGCAGGGCUACCAUUGGGUCUUGUGACUACGAUGGAAAUGCCAUCCACCUCAUGAAGCAGCCUGCAAACUCAAGACCUUUGGGAAUGUCUGUGUUUCUGGGCCAUGUGUACUACACAGACACGAAGGCCCGGUCCAUUAUACGGAUCAGUAAGCACACAGGUGACAAAGCGGUGAAGAUCACCACCAAUCACAUGCCCAAGCCCCCUGUCUCCGUUAAAGUGGUACAUCCCUUCGUCCAGCCCCUGCCAAAGGCUCCACCCACCACGCUCAAAGGUGGCCUGUCCUCCGACUUAGAUGGAGGCUGUGACGUUCUGUCGGGGGAUUGUGUAAGCGUGUGCACGGCUCAGGACACGACAGGCGUGUGCCAGUGCCAGGACGGUUUCGUGCUCAGCAGACACAGCAACUACUGCGAAGAUAUCAAUGAGUGUGCCCUGUGGACUCACGGCUGUACCCUGGGCUGCGAGAACGUUCCGGGCUCCUACUUCUGUACCUGUCCUAAGGGAUUUGUGCUUCUUCCGGACAUGAAAACCUGUCGUGAGCUGAAGCCGUGCACGAAGACGACGCCUGCCUGCAAACACGGCUGCGUCCAAACAGACGACGGAGACAUCUGCGCAUGCCUGGGGGGGUCCGUCCUGCAGCCGGACGGGAUGACCUGCACCGGGUGCUCUCAGCCAGACAACGGGGGCUGCAGCCAGGAGUGUGUGCCCCUGGGCCCGGGUCGAUGGGACUGCCAGUGCCGCCCCGGGUACAGCCUGCAGGGCGACGGGAGGAGCUGCAUGGCCACAGGUCCUCGGCCGUAUCUGAUAUUCGCCAGUGCCAGAGACAUCCGACGCAUGGAUUGGGACGGUACAGGGGAUCGAGGUCUGCUGGAGGAACCACAGGGGACCGUCUUAGCCCUGGACUACGACCCCGUGGAGAGAAAGGUUUACUACGCCAGCGGCAGCCUGCGGCGGAUCGAGCGAGCUAGUCUGGAUGGCAGCGGCCGCGAAGUAGUGGUGAGCGAGGGAUUGGACACCCCUGAGGGCCUGGCCGUGGACUGGAUUCACCGCAAGCUGUACUGGACAGACCGGGGACUCUCGACUAUCGAGCGGAGCGACCUAAACGGACUCGAGAGGGAAAUCAUCAUCGACCAAGAGCUGCAGAAACCUAGAGGAAUCGCUGUUCAUCCCCAGGCAGAGAGGUUGUUCUGGACAGACAUGGGCCAGAGGCCAGUCGUGGGAAGUGCUUCUUUGGACGGGGAAGACCGGGUAGUUGUGGUUAGCACUGGCCUGCUGGAACCCAGUGGUGUUGCCGUGGACUAUGCCGAGGGGCGACUCUAUUGGUGCGACAGCAAGAUAGGGGUCAUCGAGGAGGCGGGCUUGGAUGGGUCCAACCGCCGCGUCUUGGUCGAGAACCAAGUAGGUUGUCCAUUUGACAUCGCUGUCUUCGAGGACCUGCUCUGGGUCACUGACUGGGACCGGUAUGUGGUUCUGAGGCUGAACAAGCGCACCGGACAGAACCUGGAGCGUGUUGCAGGUGACGUGGUCAGGCCAGCCUCCCUGGUGGUCGUCCAUCCACUCGCUAAACCAGGUGCAGAUGCAUGCUUGCAUAAUAAUGGAGGGUGUGACCAGCUGUGUGAAAGCAGGUUUGGAUUGGCCCAGUGCUCCUGUCACUCAGACUUCAUCGAGUCUCCUAGUGAUGGUACCUGCCUGCCAUCCAAUUCAACUAUGCCAAGUCCAGUGCCCUUCCAGUCCGGAGAAUCUGGAGAUGAUGAGAGUCACAAAGCCGCGGUCGUGAAGAACGAGACCUUAAGUGAUGAAGCUCCUCUGGUAAUGGAGACGGGGCCGGAGCCCACUAUGGAGGACGAGGCGGUGCUCACCUUGGCCACGGAAAAGAUGGUGUCAGACCAGGAUGACUGCUCCUCCCUGCUUUGCCCCACCCAUGCUCGCUGUCUGCAGGACGCGGGAAGCUCCACCUGUCAGUGUCUGGAGGGCUUUGUCAGUGUCGGGAAGCAGUGUGUGGAGUCUCCCCGCACCUCUUGGGUGACCACUGGCACCCCUGCGGAUGUGACCACACAGGGGCAGGACCGAGAUGGUGUGCAGAAUUGCCCCCUGUCCCACGAAACCUUCUGCCUGAACGAUGGAGUCUGCUUGUACUUCCUCGAAAUCCAGUCCUACGCUUGCAACUGCGUGCCCGGCUUCAUGGGCGAACGCUGUCAGUUCAGCGACCUGGAGUGGUGGCAACUCCAGCAGGCCGAGCAGAAGAAGCGACUCAACGUGACCAUCGGUGUCUGCAUGCUGCUGCUCGUCAUCCUGCUCUCCGUGGGCGUUGGCACCAUCUAUUACUACAGGUGCAGGCGGCUCUCCCAAAAGCGCCCCCCAGCUGACGACAUGAGCGAUACAAGCGGAGCUGAAGACAGCGGGAGCGCGACCUUGGACCGAGGCCCCCUGGAGUUCUGCGUCACUCUGGAGUCAGGCCCAUGUGGAAACGGCAAAGAUAUCCACCACACCGGGUGCCAGACGGGUCAGCGCCGGUCCUCCCUGACGGCUGAAGAAGGGGAGAGCAUCAUAUCACAGCCUAUCAGCUUGCCCCGCCCCGAGGUCCCCAGUACUGGUGUCCACCUCAAGUCCGUCGACAACCUCAUCUUCCUGGAUGACCCCAGUGCCAGCAGCUCUGAAGCUGUAUCCACUGCAGACAUGUGCCGUCAACAGAUAUGACGUGUACACAAAUACAGUUGCUUAAUGCCAGCCAGUUAUGCUGUAGUCAGAGUCUUCACACCUGUGUUACCAGCAACUCUGAACUCUGGCGUGCCUAUCAAUAGUCACAGAGGCCAAAGGAACUUAAAGACCAGGAAAAAGCUAUGUGUAGAUAUGUAAGUGUUAUAUGUUUGUAUUUGCGAGGCUCUUUUCCAUGUUGCACCUUCUAUUUUAUUUCUUUCAGCUCCUCAUAUCCACACCGAUCCUGCGGCGAGUUUCAGACCGACUGUUAAUUCUUGCUCACCGUCUGUCGUGAUUUUCUGGUGGAGUUUGGGGAAAACUAGAGACGCGCAGCAUGUGAGAGCUGCAUCAUGUUAUUGAUGUGAACAGAUCAGAUAGAUUCUAAACAACCUAGGACAUCUUCGAGUCUAUCUACCACCCGUACAUCUACCCAUCUUAUGCUCAUCGUAUUCAAGAACGUGCAGAUCAGUUUCGGCCUGGUAACAGAGUUAACAUUGGCAGUGACAUUUGUGUUAAUCUCUUUAUGUUGUGUUCAGCCGGAUGAACUAUACCAAGGCUCACUGUAAAUGUCGUUAAUGAACGACCAAUCGCAAAAUCGAAACGGUAACUCUGCACCAUUUUCCUAGUGCAGAUCCCUCACUUCUGCAGUUUUUAAAAGCCCAUUUAAACCCCCCUCCCCGGGGACCAUCAGCGAUUCCACAAAUCCCGUCUUUGGAUGAGCUGAGAGCGCAGCGCUCUGUCGGGUUACUUCAGGUAAACGUGCAGGUGCUGGACGUUCGAUGUCGAUCUGCCUGCAGGUCUUCGAGCAGAGUGGGGAAGAACAUUCUGGAAAUCCAGUUUUUGUUCAUUUUUGCUCUCCAUUUUCAGAGGAAGUCAAUAUCUUGUUAGAUCCAAAACAUUUGCUGCAGGGAUGAAGCUGGGAUUGACGUACAUAUAUACCUCCAGGGUGUCGGAGGGAUGUAGAAAGUCUGGCAGAUUCAAUGGGCCCAGCACUUUAAAGCCCCCCUCCACCUCCCAGCAAAAAGUCUUGCCCAGGGGCCCAUAAUUCCCAGCUCUUCCCCUGUAUGCCUCACAGACAUAUACAGCACAUGGACGUUCAUAAAAACUUUAAUCUGUAACACUGCUGAUGAGUAUAAAAGCCAAUUCUAGCCACCUAAAGAAAUCGGAUUCGUAUUUGUCCAACAAACUGCUUUACUGUUUUCAGUUGUAACUUUUUAAAUAAUUUGUUUUAGUUUCUACUCGUCGUGAAUGCUGCGCUUUUUAUGCCUUGAUCGUCGCUAUUUUUUACGUAAGGACAGGUCGUAUUUCAGCAGAGCGUUUUUAUCGCUGCCCAACUUGCCUGUGUCACUGUGUUUCAAAAAGACGCCAUUUGUCACGCUCCCAAAAAUGCAGUGAUUUCAGUUACAAAUCCAUGCUUGUCCCUUAUUGCGGCAUUAAUAAAUGUAGAGGAGAGUUACUACGUGCGUUUUAUGCGAAAAAAAUACUCCCAGGGAAAUGUUUCUGUAAAAAUGCUUAUUAUAAAAUAUGGAUUAAUGCUGUGCUAGCGACUUAAUCGAAUGAAUGAAAUGGGCGGAAAGAAAUGAACCACCUUUAAGAUGUAUAUGUGCAGGUCGGCGUUUGUGAAUGACGGACAUCUGCCGGCGAGCCGGAUUGUCCUGGAGCCCCGUUAAUCCCACACAUUUCCAGGGAGAGGAAAUAUUUCUGUUCAAAGGUUCGAGUGCCGCAAAAAGGCGCUGAACGGCGCCGUUAUCCUGAGCCGAGCCUGGGGGCAGAAGGAUUCGAUCACCGCCCUGCUGCUCCGGCAGCAGCCAUGUGGUUGACAGUUUUCAGGUCUUACCGGAUCUCACUUUCAGCCUGCUCCUAACCUUCUCUCCACUGUUGUGUAGCAUACAGUCGGCUUAACUUUCAGAUCCUACAUAAUUCGUCCUGGUAUGGAAUGUCUUCCAUCUAUAUUUCUAUAUUAUUAACGUGAAUCAGACUUUCAGCCAAAUACGAAUAAAGUACAAUACAGCCAAUGCGUGUAGGGUUUAUACUUUAAAUUCUGAAGAUAUAGGGAGGGGAAUUGAUUGCUUGGUCCAGAAAUAUUGCACAAAUCGCGUCCCGUACUGGUUCGGAGCUGGUUA